UUUUCGUUUCAUGGGAAUGGGAGGGGCGUUUGACGGGUCGUGAGAUCCGUAUCGUGACGGGACCCGGGCCCGUUAUCCAGCCACCGACUCCCUUCGCUGUGCGUCGUUUCGUCGGAAGCGUCCGUCUUUGUAUCUCGCGCUCGGGACGGCGGUCUCGCGGUUACCGGUUGAACCUGUAGUUUAAGCCAGGCUCUCCCUUCCCUCGCCCGACACAGGACAGCCGUAGGCGUCUUCUCAGAUUACGACAUCCGCGAGGAAACGAGCUCCUUGUAGCCCGAGAGCUGAGCUAUGGCGCCCGCCGUCCCGCUUCUUCUGCUCCUGUCCGCGGCGUUCAUCGCGGAGACUUUCGCCGAUGAUGACUGCCAAGUCUACAUGACCAGCUCCGGGGUGCUUAAACCCUCCAUUGACUGCGGGUUUUUACAGUUCUGUUGCGGGACGUGUGAUAACAGAUACUGCUGCUCCAAUCCAAUGAAGAGGCUGUCCGAGGAUGACCAGGACAGCUGUUUUUUUGAUAAUAAGUCCGUCAUUAUCGGCAUGAGCAUAGCCGGGAUUGUGGUCUUCAUCAUCAUGUUCAUCGUCUGCUGCGUCUGCCCCUGCUGCUGCCUCUACAAAAUGUGCCGGACGCCCAGACCUGCUAUGGCAACGACGACCACUACGGUGGUAAGCACGCAGUAUCCUCAGCAGCCCGUUGUUCAGGGAGGUCAGUACCCGCCGUACCAGCCCAUGCCCGCCCAGGCCGGAUACGGCGGCACACCAGCCUACGGAGGACAGCCCGCGCCGACCGGACCGUACCAAGGCCAGCCGUAUUCGUCGGUACCACCACCCCCAUAUCAGGAGGCCGGAGGCCCAGGAUAUCCUUUUCCUUACAGCAAAGCAGCAUAUGACGGUGGGCAGGCCUCGUACCCCUUACAACCCCCAGUUCAGCCCGGCUUCGCACCCCCACCGACAGACUACAGCGCGACUCAACCGGCUUACAACCCCGCUUACGUGGAGCAACCAAAGACCGGCUACUAAACCGCGACCUGAAUUAUCAUCUUCACCCUGCAGGAGCGCAAUGUUCAUCUACUGCGGACAGCAUCUUCCAAUCGAGUCGGGAACUAUACCUUCUGCAUUCGCUAUCUUUGUGUGUCAGCCUCGUUUUCUCGACUUACUUUUAUAUACGUACAUUUUUAUUCACUCCAGCCGCUGCGCAUGACUCUAAGCCAUAUAACGUUUAUGUUUCGUUCGUUUUCGUCCACUGAGCAAAAGGGAAACGUUUAACCGGCCUCCGAACGGGCAGCACGCCUCGUCUCGAAAUGCCGCUUCGACGCCUUAAAUACCGCCAGCUUUAUUUUAUCCUGGGAAUUCGCACAAACCGUCGACACUUUAUGGUGCAUUUAACAACGCCGGCACAUGAUUUGUUCACGAUUCUCGUAGCAUUCGGGGUUUUUGAAUUUGUGAAUGUUUCAUCAAAGCGUUCUCGCGCUCGGAGAUCCGGAAUAUGCCUUAUUUAAUGCAGCUUAUGCCUUAAACGCAACGUUCCCAUGGUUUGCGUUUGGAUUGUUUUAUGGAGUUCGGGUUUCGGAUGUUGCAGAAACGCCAUGUUUAUACGCGUUUCUCUUGCGAACUCUUUGCUCGAGGGUCUGAUAAGCGUACCGCUGCGUUUGAAAGAACGGCAAUAAUUCGGUCCGAAAUGACUUGAAGUGAUGCGAAACUCUCAAUUUUAAAAAGUGAACGCCGUUCAAGGGCAGGAAGAGGGCGAAUUGUGAGCCGCUUGGCUGCGACGUGCUCUCAUUGAAGUUGGGUCAUAUGUUUUCAAUCCCUCUGGGUACAAUCUUCCGCAGAUUCUUGUCACGUUUGAUAUGAUUCGGGUUUAUUAACUGAGGUGUAUGUUAAAAAUGAUCAGCGUUCUGUUAAAAUGUUUACGCAUUCGGGCGUCUCCUUGUGUGCAGCCACAAAUAAAAAGAAAUUGUGCUGGAAUCACUGUUAAA